AAACAAAUACUGAGCUGUAUAAAUAACUAUCAUAUUGAGAGGAUAUGUAAUAUUCACAAACAAAUUAAAAUGUUUUCACGAGAGCUUGCUCAGACUCCCCGGGAUUGAUAAUGCUGAUAAGAUGUUAGUGAGCGUGUGGCAAAUUGAUUGCUAAACGCAAUUGGCAUAUAAAUGAGAUAUUGACAGAAAGCAGGCAAACAGUCGUUGGAAAAAAGUACCGGUCUAAACAAUGCGAUCGAUGUUGUUGCUGCUUGUGCCGUGGGCUUGCUGUCUGGUGUUGGCAGCAUCCAGCGCUUUGGAGCUAACGCUAAGUGUAGAAAAAACUCAACUAAGAAACCACCAGCCACUAUUUGAGGGCACGAUUAAGUUGUGCGAUAAUGUGGCAAAUAAAGUGUUUUUGCCCUAUGUUGGUGACUGCACAAAGUAUUAUCUAUGCUGGUAUGGUACGGCUAUAGAGCGUAAGUGUGAGCGCAAUUAUCAAUUUGAUUCAAAGCUGCAACGCUGUGUGCGUCCUGGCAAAGGUAACUGUCUACCUGAAUGCGAAUUCACAAAGUUUAGCAGCUUUGCCUAUGAUCGCACCUGCACCAAAUAUGUGCUCUGCUACUACGGCAUACCCGUACUGCGCGAGUGUCACGAAGACUUACAGUUCAAUGCCGCAACAGAGCGAUGCGACUAUCCGCAAUUUUUGGAUUGUGUGGACAAUGAAUGUAGCGUCUUCAAUAAUGCCAAUGAUCUGCGUCUCAUACCCAGCAAAACGUCCUGCAGCAAGUACUUUUUAUGCGACAGAGCCCAGCCAAAGAAUAUGACCUGCUCGGAGGGCUUGCAUUUUGGCAAGGAGUGCAGCUGCUGUCAAACACCUGAGGAGGCUGAAUGCAAGCUACCUGCUUUGAAGCGUCAUAUUGAAGCCUAUUCGAAUUCACCACUGCGACGCGCUGAUAUCAUUUGUCCUAGCGAUGGUGUACAUUUCUAUGCCCAUAAGACGCGUAAAGAUGCUUACUACUUUUGCGCUGAUGGUCAUGGCAUAACCUUGGAUUGUACGCCUGGUCUAAAAUACGAUCCAAGGGCUCAGGAGUGUCGCAAUCCAAAGUAUAUGCAAUUCUUAUAAUAGCAGUAGCUGAAAAAGAAAUAAUAUAAUCAAGCACGAAAUAAUUUUGUAUUUCUUACUCUUGCCGUAUGCUCUCCCAAAUUUUAAAAAGAAUGAAUAAGAUAUAAGAUAUAUUAAAUGCGUG